AUGAUAAUGCCUUCCAAUCAUAAAUUGAAAAAUAAAUAUUAAGAAGCCUUUGAAGAUCUAGAAAAUCCCAUUUGUUCCAUAAAAAAUAUUUUGGAGGUAAAGGAAAAAUUCAGUGAUGGAGUUGGUGACGGUUGGAGAGAUGGAAUUAUCGAAAGAGCCAAUCAAUUAAAGCCUCGGCUAUUUAUCCUGUAUCAACCCCUAAAGAUAAGGAAUAAUAUUGGUUCAGAUAAGUUUAUUCUUCUGCAUUUAAUAGUGAGAGUCUGCCUUGACAGCACCAUAUGCCAAGUCUAUAGCUUGCUCUACCGAAAAAGUAUCGAUAAACAUUUAUCAUUAAGGCUUUACAAUGGGAUGGGUUUUCAAGAAAAACGCAGAGGAGUCUGGAAGAGCAGUCUCAUCAAUACAUAAUUUAGCACUCAAGAAAAUCCUGCAAUAAGAAGACAAAAUAUUAAAGAUGA